CUAAUUUAGGAGGGGAGGAAAAAAAAUAUUCAACAUUGAGUUUUGGUUUUCUCCGAGCAAUUUUCCAUGAAGAAGUGAAGUGGUGAGGUACCAUCAGCAGUACAUGAUUGCUGGUGAGCUACUUAUCAAGUUCUUGGAAGCAUGUAGAAACGGUAGAUGCUUGACCCAACUGCAUUCUCUCUCCAUCAGGACCGGUCUCACGCAUGAUGCUCUCAUUGCCGCGAAACUGAUCGAUCGCUACUCGCAGUUAACCCCUCUUCGAACAGCUCGCAAACUGUUCGACGAAACUCCUCAGAGGACUGCGCACAUCUGGAACUGCAUCCUCAAAUGCUAUUGUAGAGAGAAACAAUAUAAAGAAACGUUGUUUCUCUUUUCUCGUCUAUUUUCGUCUGAAAAGCCGGAUCUUUACACUGUCCCCGUUGUCCUUAAGGCUUGUGCUGGGCUACGAGCGCUUGAUUGUGGGAAGAUAAUUCAUGGGUUUGUUAAGAAGAGUCAUCAGGUUGGUAGAGACUUGUUUGUUGGGUCGGCUUUAAUUGAACUGUAUUCAAAAUGUGGGAAAAUGGAUGAUGCCUUGCGUGUGUUUGAGGAGUAUUCUGCGCCAGAUACCGUUUUAUGGACUACUAUGAUUACGGGGUAUGAUCAGAAUGGUGAGCCGAUACAGGCGCUUGAGUUUUUUGCUCAAAUGGCUAUGACAAAAGGGGUUCUUUUCGACCCUAUUACUCUUGUCAGUGUAGUAUCUGCAUGUGCGCAGAUGAUCAAUCUAAGGACGGGGAGGAGCGUCCACGGGUAUAUGAUCAGGGUGGGAUUUGAUAGAGGCUUAUCCUUGUUGAAUGCGCUGUUAAAUUUAUAUGGAAAGACAGGUGCUAUUACCGCUGCAGCCAAAGUGUUUAAGAAAAUGGAAGAGAAAGAUGUGAUUUCAUGGGGUUCUAUGAUUUCCUGUUAUGCUCAUCAUGGGGGUGCUAGGGAAGCACUGGAUCUUUUUGAUGAGAUGAUAUCUAGAAGAAUUGAACCGAACAUUGUAACUCUGAUUAGUGCUUUGCAAGCAUGUGAAGCUAGUCGUGAUUUAGAAAUGGGUAGAAGGAUACAUAAACUUGCUGUAAGGAAGGCAUUAGAUUUGGAUCUCUUGGUUUCCACAGCUCUAAUAGACAUGUACAUGAACUGCUGUUCCCCUGACGAAGCGAUUGAGGUAUUCGAACGGAUGCCUGAGAAAGAUGCUGUUUGUUUUUCAGCACUCUUGCAUGGAUGUGUUCAAAAUGGAAGGACAAGCAAAUCCAUUGGCAUUUUCCAUGAUAUGGUGGCCAAUGAUCUUCAACCUGAUGCCUUUGAUGUGGUUAAAAUUUUGAUGGCCUGUUCAGAGUUCGGUGGUCUUCAACAAACUAGUUGCAUUCAUGGUUUUGUUGCUAAAGCUGGCCUGGGCAAUAAUUCUUUUGUUGGUGCUUCACUCAUAGAAUCUUAUGCAAAAUGUGGUAACUUGGAAGGUUCUAUUGCAGUUUUCAGGCGCAUAAGCAAUAGAGAUGUUGUUAUCUGGAGCUCUAUGUUUGCAGCAUAUGGGUUUCAUGGCAAAGGCCUAGAGGCUCUGGAAUUGUUUAAGCAGAUGAUUAAGCAUUCAGAUGUUAGGCCAAAUGAUAUAUCGUUCCUCUCGAUUCUAUCUGCGUGCAGUCAUUCUGGUCUAGUUAAAGAAGGAAUUCAAAUAUUCAAUCUGAUGGUGAAGGACUAUCAACUACCUCCCAACUCAAAACAUUAUGCAUUAGUAGUCGACCUUCUUGGCCGCAUGGGGGAGCUGGACAAGGCCUUGGAAUUCACCACUCAACUCCAAGAGCCUGUUGAGGCCAAUAUAUGGGGAGCUUUGCUUGGUGCUUGUCGGAUUUAUCAAAACAUGGAGAUAGCAGAGAUUGCAGCAAAAAAGCUGCUUGAACUCGAUCCCUUCCAUGCCGGUCAUUACAUUUUGUUAUCAAACAUAUACGCUGUUGAUGAGAAUUGGGCUAAUGUAGCUGGUGUUAGAGAAUUAGUUAAAGCGAAGCAACUGAAGAAGGCAACGGGACAGAGUGUGAUCGAGACAAGAGAUGAAGCACGUACUUUCAUAGCUAACGAUAGAUUUCAUCAAGAUUCUAAGCAGAUUCAUGAAUUAAUGAUUAUGUUAGAAGGGACGAUGAGAGUCGAGCGUAACGUUUUCAGUAUGGACACUACACUUUAUGAUGCUAAUGAGAUAUAGUCAUUUUCAAGUUGGUUGUGGAGGGCCCAAGAUUCGGGUUUCCCAGCAAUAUGCAGCAUGGCCGCGGCGGCCCACGGUUUCGAAUGGUGGUAUUUCGGUAUUCCGGCGGGCGUUCAAAAAACUGACAGUAACUAUCGAGGCGUCUCCAAGAAAAGAAAAGAGCAACUCCCAAGGGAACUGCCUUGAUGGUAGGAGCAUCAUUUGUGAUGAGCCGCCGUAUAAA